UCUUUUCAGUCUUGGACUCGUCUCUUUGCGCGUCAUGUUUCAUGGGAUCCCCGCGCAGCCGGCAGUCAGUGCUCCUGGAAAUAAGCCAGAGUUAUACGAGGAGGUGAAGCUGUACAAGAAUGCCCGGGAGCGAGAGAAGUAUGACAACAUGGCGGAGCUGUUUGCUGUGGUGAAGACGUUGCAGGCCCUGGAGAAGGCUUAUAUCAAAGACUGUGUCUCCCCCAGCGAGUACACCGCCGCCUGCUCGCGCCUCCUGGUCCAAUACAAAGCCGCCUUCAAGCAGGUGCAAGGAGCGGAGGUCGGCUCCAUCGAUGACUUCUGCAGAAAGUACCGGUUGGACUGUCCUCUGGCAAUGGAGCGAAUUAAGGAGGAUCGACCAAUCACCAUCAAGGACGACAAGGGGAACCUGAAUCGCUGCAUUGCAGACAUUGUGUCGCUCUUCAUUACGGUGAUGGAUAAACUGCGUUUGGAGAUCCGAGCGAUGGACGAGAUCCAGCCAGACCUCCGGGAGCUGAUGGAGACCAUGAACAGGAUGAGCCACUUACCACCAGAUUUUGAGGGCAGAGAGAAAGUCAGCCAAUGGUUGCAGAAGUUAAGCAGCAUGUCGGCCUCUGAUGAACUUGAUGAUUCCCAAGUACGGCAGAUGUUAUUUGACCUGGAAGCUGCAUACAACGCCUUCAACCGCUUCCUUCACUCCUAACCUUGUGUGAUCUUGGAUCCCCCCACAUCAGACAAUAUUCAUCUGGAUUACAGAGGCCACCUGAUUGGUUUUGUCCAUAAAUAGUCUUCAUUGUCCAGCACCCAUAUUAAAUGAGAAGAAACAUGUCCUUCCCACCAGCUCCCCGUCACAGCACUGAAACUCCAUUACCCCUUUGGCCUGUCACUCAACAUGUCCUCUGAUCUGACUUCUUUGAUCUAUCACAAGAGAUCUUCCCUUAAGUGAUCCCUCCGAUCCAUCAAUGAACUUGUUUCCUUUGCUGACCCCUCCAGUCUACCACACAACAUCUCUCCUCUACCUGACUUCUGGCCUGCCACCUGUAUCUUUUCCUCUCUGACUUCUCGAGUCCAUCACUAGACAUCCCCUCUUCCUUCAUGACUUCUCGAGUCCAUCACUAGACAUCCCCCUCUUCCUUCAUGACUUCUUGAGUCCAUCACUAGACAUCCCCCUCUUCCUUCAUGACUUCUCAAGCACAUCACUAGACAUCCCCCUCUUCCUUCAUGACUUCUCAAGCCCAUCACUAGACAUCCCACUCUUCCUUCAUGACUUCUCGAGUCCAUCACUAGACAUCCCACUCUUCCUUCAUGACUUCUCGAGUCCAUCACUAGACAUCCCCCUCUUCCUUCAUGACUUCUCGAGUCCAUCACUAGACAUCCCCCUCUUCCUUCAUGACUUCUCGAGUCCAUCACUAGACAUCCCCCUCUUCCUUCAUGACUUCUCGAGUCCAUCACUAGACAUCCCCCCUCUUCCUUCAUGACUUCUCGAGUCCAUCACUAGACAUCCCGCCUCUUCCUUUAUGACUUCUCGAGUCCAUCACUAGACAUCCCACUUUUCCUUCAUGACUUCUCGAGCCCAUCACUGGACAUCUCUCUCCUGUUGUCAUCUUUGUGUUUAAUAAAGAUAUUCUUUCCUCGUA